AUGACCUUCUCUAGUGCGCCAAGCACGAUUGAGCUGAAAACGGUGGCCGGUAGAAAAUGUUCUGUUGAACCCCCGUUCACUGUGCAGCACCUGGUGGACGUUGCUGUUGAACAGCUACACUUCGAGCGUGAGAGCGUUAAACUGUUUGUGGGCAAGCGACUCAUCUACGCCUGGCGACGGGAAAACCUCGAGCCCGAUCGGCGCCUGCUUGGCAAAGUCACGGUUCCGGAGGGCGACGGCGUCUUGGUAAUGGGAAGGCCCGUACUGAGAAAAAAAACACAUGCUACAGGGGCGAAGGGUGUGGACGCCCCGAAGCAGCUUGUAGACGUCAAAAGGCCUACUUUAAAUCCCGCAGACUUUGCUGCGGAUGACGGCAUGAACAUCCGGGUUGGUCCAAAAGACAAGGGGCUGUACCGGUUUCUUAAGCCAUUGGUGUUUAUGCUUGGUAGGCGUGGCCUGCAUCAUUUUUUCUUGCUUGUAAAGGGCCAACGCGGCCACUUUCCUGAGUCCUUCCAAAGCCACCCCGUUAUGGUGUGCAUUGUGGAAUACGUUGAUCGUGACCCCAGUCGACUGAAAGAGGUGCUCACUACAAUACAGGAGGAAGAGCCAGGCCUGCUGAGGUGGAUUGAGACGCAUGCCGAGUUUUUUCUUCAUGCUAUUAAUUCCCCACCACAGUGGCGGGACGACACAUCCCCCAUGUGGCUGAUACGUCACGCGAAGAGGGUAUACAGUAUGGAGGCUACUACAAAAACAGCAUGUAAAAGUAAUCUUGCUCGUAUGAUGACAACAAGUUACCGUCAUGUGGAAUCGUUUUCAGAAGAUUUUACUGACACUGAAACUUCGCCGAGAGAGAACGGUAUACCGCGUGAUAUAGAUUCUAGCGGGACUAGCUGUAGUUUUGAGUCAUCAUGUACUGCGCCACUGGAAGACACUUCAAGCUCCACAGUGAUGAGGUAUGACAAAUAA